CCGGAAACGGCGCGAGUAGUCGUCCUCCACGCGCACUCUUCGUUGUCGACGCUUCCGUGCAUGGGUAUUGUUUGCAGCUCGGCCGAGUCGGUCGUCGAGUCCCUCGACACUCCCAAACUCAGCCGCUCCAAGAGUCUUAGACAUCCACAGCGCCGCCGACGGCUUUCGUUGGGGUCGUCCACGCUCGUCGAGCUCUGCUUGGACCGCCUUGCGAUCGAGCUGGCCUCCGCGCCAACCUCUGUGGAUACUACGGCAUUACCGUCAGAGCUCUUUGGUGCGCUUCUCCGUCGGCUCGUGGCGCACGAAGUGCUGACGGUCGAGUUGUUUGCGCUGCUUGGCGAGUCGCUCCCGCUGGGCACGCGCGUCGACCUCUCCGACUGCGCUAACGUCAACGAGGGCUGGCUGCAAGCUCUUGCGCCUUCUAUCGCAGCGUCGCUGACGCACAUUGACUUGACGCGUUGUGCCGGCGUCGAAACGCUGGGUCGCGAGCCGCUCGUCGCGCUCCGCGUCGCCAAGCUGAGCCAUUGCAAGAACUUGUCGCCGUUGGCACUGCACCCGCUUUCCAAUGCGACGCGCUUGACUGUACUACACCUCGCGGGGUGUGCUCUCUUGCGCAACGAAUCGCUCGGGCACCUCUGGGCGUGCACGCAAUUGAAUGAAUUGGACUUGUCACAAUGCACCUCGAUCUCGGACACGGGUUUGUUUGUUUUGCCGUCAAGUCUUCGGCGACUCAACUUGAACCACUGCUCUGGUAUCUCGGACAGGGGCGUGCUGGCGGUCGUGACGGGUCUUGUAUCGCUCUUUUCGCUCAACCUUGGCCAAUGCAGCAUCACAAAUGGUGCCCUGGCGAUGCUUGCUGUCCAUGCGCAUCAGCUACAACACUUGGUGCUCUCGGGCUGUCGCGCUGUUGACCAGUCCGGCGUCAACUUACUCGGCUCGCUCACAGAGCUGGUUUCGUUCGAAGCAAGUCAGUGCCGCCUUGUUCAGAGUCCCCACACUGCGUGGGGUAGUUUGACAGCACUCGAUUUGUCCAACUCGGGUGUCGACGAGGCCGGUUUGGCGGCCAUUGGGUCACUGGAGACGCUCACGUCCCUCGACGUCUCGCAAAGUCAGGCAACAGCAACUGCAUUCCAGUACCUGAAAUCGCUCUCGCGCCUGCGGUACUUGAAGGCCGCGCGCACAAGGCUCGACGAUGCGACCUUCCAUAUCCUCUGCGAGCACUUGGCUUCCCUUGAGGAUCUCCAUGUGGCCCACACGAACGUCUCCGACAUGGGCGCACGAAGUCUGCCGCAUCUCAAGCGCCUUAGAAGCUUGGUGCUGAGCACGGAAGGCAUCACGUACCACAGCGUAUCGUCCGUGGGCUCGCUGCAUCAGCUCACGAGCUUGGAUCUCUUUGGUGCAAGUAUUGCUGACCGAGGUCUUGAGUGCCUCGCCAGUUUGCAGAGUCUGCGUCGCCUCGUGCUCUGCGGUGGCUACCUCACCGACCGCGGCGCAGGCACGCUAGCGUCGUCUGCGCCACACUUGACGGAGCUCAAUGUGAGCCACAAUAGAGAGUUGCGGGGCGCUGGUGUGCAGUGCUUGGCGCAACUGCUUGGACUCAAAACGUUGAAUGUGUCCAACACGAGCAUCGACGCUGCGUCGCUCGUCUACCUUCAGCCACUGCAGCAUUUGGAAACGCUGCUCGCGUGCGUCUUCCUUUGA